AGGACCGAGAAGAGGAGGAGCGGUGCAGUAACGCUAGCUUCGUUUGUGAGGGAGGGCUAUCGAUGCUAAUGCAAUAAAACGGGGAGAAAGAUCGCUUUGUAAUGCACACCGCUGGCGAAAUGUGGGGAUUUUUGAAAAGGCGCUGGCUGGACGCGAUGAAUUAGGAUGGCUGUUCAAUAAUGUUGUUUUGUCUGUCAAUGGGAGCAAGCGGAUGCAGCGCCGGUCCGUCACACCACCACACGAAGCGGCGAGCCAGCCUAGCGGCUUCUAUUUAGACGGCGCUAGGGAUUGUGUAGCUGACUCCGUUGUGUACAAAACAGAAGCCCUCUCGCGUCGUUUACGACCAAAAAAAGAUCUGGGUACACAUCUGUGCGAAUGUAUUUUUCCUCUAUUUGAAACUGGUUGUGCCGCUGAUGCACGGGGGCUAUCCUGCACAGAAGCCGCCGACAUCAUCGGAGGCCUGGGGGUAAUUAUUGGGACAUUCGCCGCAAGACUGGAUUGAUUCCAGAACAAUGUCAAGGAAACUGAAUAUUGUACCAAAACCAACUUCCAAACAUUCGCUUGUCAUUCCUUCCCUGCACGGUAACCUCAGAGAUGUGAAAAUGCCUUGGAUUUAACCUCUUCGUGCACUGGUUUUCUCCGUUUUAAGGAUACGUUUGUUCCUGGGGAAUCUGUUUAAUUUAAAUUGCAGGAAACGAACCAACUUGGUCGUUAGCAAGCCGUCAUAGUUCAUACAAUAUAAAUUCAUCUAAUCCGUCUACGGAUUUCAUCCACACUAGUUAAACCAGGUCGCUAACUUGGUUAGGCAUAUUAGCUAGCUAACCUGCUAGCUAACGGACAACAACAUCACGACCGAUGCAUAUGGAUCGGAAUGCCAAUACAAUUUUCACGAAUAUGACAGUGUCGUUGAGUUAAUGGAGGAUUAUCGCUCCGUCUUCUUCAAGUAAACGACACAGCUGUAUGCCUGAACGAAACACCGACCGAUAUGAGAUAAUACCGCGGCAGAUGAACGGAAGUAGACUGUGACAUUUAUUCAGCCGACUGACUGGAUCAUAGACCAUGACCACCCCGGCUCUGCUGCCGCUGUCGGGCCGCCGGAUACCCGCUCUCGCAGCCGGCGCCUCGUCCUUCUCGCACCACAGAGCCACGCUCAGGCUUUCCGAGAAGUUCAUCCUCCUCCUCAUCCUCAGUGCCUUCAUCACGCUGUGCUUUGGCGCUUUCUUCUUCCUCCCGGACAACUCCAAGCACAAGCGCUUCGACCUGGGUUUGGAGGACGUGCUGAUCCCGCACAUCGAAGCCAACAAGGAGGGGAAACUUCCGGGCGGGCAGAUCAUCCACGGGCAAGGCGGCCACGACGAGCACCGUCACAGGGAGGAAGAGGAGAGCUUGCGGAGUAAGAUCCGCGCGGACCAUGAGCGCGCGCUGCAGGAGGCCAAGGAGAAGCUGCGGAAGACGCGCGAGGAGCUGCGGGCUCAAAUCCAGACGGAGAAGAGCAAGCUGGCCCAGGACCUGAAGCAGAAGGAGAGCGAGCGGGCCCUCCCGCCCGUGCCCAUGCCCAAAGUGGUGGGGGUCAACGAUGGGGUCCCCGGGGACCCCGCCGUCCGGGAGAAGAGGGACAAGAUCCGUGAGAUGAUGAAGCACGCGUGGGACAGCUACAGACAGUAUGGCUGGGGACACAACGAGCUCAAACCUCUCGCCAAGAAAGGACAUUCCACCAACAUCUUUGGGAACUCUCAGAUGGGGGCCACCAUCGUGGACGCCCUGGACACGCUCUACAUCAUGGGCCUGCAGCAGGAGUUUAAGGACGGCCAGGAAUGGAUCCAGCAGAACCUGGACUUCAGCGUGAAUGCCGAGGUGUCGGUCUUUGAGGUCAACAUCCGCUUCAUUGGAGGCCUGCUGGCUGCUUAUUACCUGUCUGGACAAGAGGUGUUUAAGGUGAAAGCGGUGCAGUUGGCGGAGAAGCUGCUGCCAGCGUUCAACACGCCCACCGGAAUCCCCUGGGCCAUGGUCAACCUGAAGAGUGGUGUGGGGCGAAACUGGGGCUGGGCGUCGGCCGGGAGCAGUAUCCUGGCGGAAUUCGGGACGCUGCACAUGGAGUUUGUGCACCUGACGUACCUGACAGGAAAUCCAGCCUAUUACCAGAAGGUGAUGCACAUUCGUAAACUUCUGGCCAAGAUGGACCGACCCAACGGGCUGUACCCCAACUACCUGAACCCCCGAACGGGCCGCUGGGGCCAGCACCACACCUCCGUGGGCGGGCUGGGCGACAGCUUCUACGAGUACCUGCUGAAGGCCUGGCUCAUGUCCGACAAGACCGACACCGAGGCACGCAGGACCUACGACGAGGCCGUGGAGGCCAUCGAGCGCCACCUGAUCCGCAAGUCCAACGGUGGCCUGACGUUCAUCGGCGAGUGGAAGAACGGACACCUGGAGCGGAAGAUGGGUCACCUGACCUGCUUCGCCGGCGGAAUGUUCGCGCUGGGCGCCGACGGCUCUCCUGACGACAGGGCGGGGCACUACCUGCAGCUGGGGGCCGAGAUCGCACACACCUGCCACGAGUCCUACGACCGCACAGUUCUGAAGCUGGGGCCUGAGGCCUUUAAGUUUGACAGUGGUCUGGAAGCAGUGGCAGUUCGGCAGAAUGAGAAGUACUACAUCCUGCGUCCAGAGGUGAUCGAGACGUACUGGUACAUGUGGAGGUUCACCCACGACCCCAAAUACAGAGACUGGGGCUGGGAGGCAGCGCAGGCCAUAGAUAAGUACUGCCGGGUCAGUGGGGGCUUCUCUGGGGUGAAGGACGUGUACUCGUCCAGCCCCGCCUACGACGACGUGCAGCAGAGCUUCUUCCUCGCCGAGACGCUCAAGUACCUGUACCUGCUCUUCUCUGGCGAUGACCUUCUGCCCUUGGAGAGCUGGGUCUUCAACACGGAGGCCCACCCCCUACCUGUGCUUCACCUGGGUAACAUCACUCUGCCUGGCAGCCCCGCCCAGCGAUAGGACCGCCCACCCUAAGCCCCGCCCCCUUCAGAAGGACUGCUGAGGCGCCAGCUGGUGGUCACAUGACCCACAGGCCGUCUCUGACCAGCUCGUUUAUCCCGCCUGACCAAAAUCUACCCCCCGCCCCGGAGAGCAUGAGCGGACUGAUGAUCUCUUCUCCGGGACAGACGGACAAACGGACGGAGCGGGGAGAGGAGUCCAUCUUUACAGACGGGAUGGACAGGUGCCAUUUUUUUUUUUUCUUUUGCUGUGAAUAGGCUCAGCUUUAGAUUCUCUCAGAUGUGUAUAUAGAUGGGUACUUAUUGACCAUUUUCUUUAUGUGAGAUUUUCUUUUUCCAUUUUUUUUUGUGGGGGGGUUUACAUUUGAGAUGCCCAAAAUCAACGAUAGCACUUCCUGUUUACUGACCUUUGACCUGGAAAUAUAAAUGUAAUUACUGACCCUCGCUGAGGAGGAACAGUGCAGCUCCUGCUGCUUGUCUGCUGCUCCCCACCUGUCAAUCAACAGAAGUGACUCCCAGACACACGCACACUCUCCCUCACACACACACACACACACCCCUAGGCUGAGCCUUGUUCAUGGGUAAUUGGCUGGAUGUCUGUGGUAAUACUUGUGCACUUGUCUGAGUUCCACCAAGGGAACCAGUACAAUACUGAUGUUCAGUUCCUGACAUUAAAGUUUUUUUGCUGGAG